UACCCAAAAGAUAAAGUUCGAACGACGUCGUAUGAGGCAGCGAACUCCACGACAUGGCGUUUUCAUCUGCUAGUCAACUCAGUCUGCUUACCAUACUCUGCUCGUAAAGAGGUGCCAGUAGAGGAGAAAAAGAUGAAGAGAAAGAGAGAAGAAGAAAACAAAAACGACAUGGAGAUAGUAUGGCAAACGCCAGCCAAUCCACCUGAGAAACACGAUUACAUUUUUCGCGAUGGGAGGCGCCACGUCAGACCUUACUAUUUCGAGUUCAUUUCUCAUGCUAAGAAUCGUUGGGCGGGAAAGACGAUUGUUGAUUUAUUCGCGGAAGAGUUCAAAGGCAGACCUUACGAUUACUAUGUUAGUGCUGUUAAAUGUGGAAGGAUACAAGUUGAUGGGGAGACCGUGCCUGUUUCCUAUAUAGUGAAAUCAUCGCAAAAGAUAAGCCAUUUCUUGCACAGGCAUGAACCGCCAGUGACGGCUUGGGAUAUUCCCGUACUUUAUAAAGAUCCAGAUGUUGUAACUGUUUAUAAGCCAGCAACUGUUCCUGUGCAUCCUUGUGGUCAAUAUCGUAAGAACACUGUUGUUGGCAUUCUGCAGGCUGAACAUAAUUUAGCACCUCUUUUUCCGGUUCAUCGAUUAGAUCGGCUCGUCUCUGGACUCCUUAUCUUGGCUAGAAAUGCUUUAAAGGCAGACCUUUUCAGGCAAGAGAUUGAAGCUGGUAUGGUGCAGAAACAGUAUGUUGCAAAGGUAGUCGGGGUAUUUCCAGAGGAUGAGCAAGUUGUUGGUGUUAACAUAAAUUAUAAUGCUCGAGAAGGAAGAAGCACAGCAGAGGUUGGCAACUCUUGUGUUGAUUCGCCUCCUAAGGGAAAGACUGCAUGUACCAAGUUUACAAGAAUUAGUACCAAUGGAACUCAUAGCAUUGUUUUGUGUAAACCAAUCACUGGCCGAACUCAUCAAAUUCGUGUACAUUUGCAGUAUACAGGCCAUCCCAUAGCCAAUGACUUUCUUUACCUCUCGGAACAUGCUGCCAGUCGUUCUGCUGAAGGAAUGAGUGCUGAUAGAGCUGCUUGUAGUUCCAGCUAUUGUGUAACGCCCCAAGAUUUUUGUUCUGAUACACAUGAAGAGAACUCUGUACAAGAUUUCAGCAUUGAUCCCAUGUGUACAAACUGUCCAAAUUUGGCUCCAAAAGGCUAUGACGUGUAUGAAGAGUGUUUAUGGCUACAUUGUGUGCAAUAUUCUGGACCUGGAUGGGUUUAUGAAUGCCCGUAUCCGGAUUGGGCAAUUCUUAGUUAAAGGGUUUGUGGUCUUUUAUCCCCCCCUGAGAUAUUCUUUUGAAUCGAUGAUGCAUGGUCAUCGCGCACAAGUUUUGCCAAGUUGCGACUUGUGAUUCCCCAUGGAAAAGAUUGUUUGAGAACACAAUUUUGUACCUUAGUCUGAUAAGGAAUUUGAUUAUUUUAUGUGCAUGCACAUUCUUUUUUGUGAUCA